AUGAAAAUAUAUUUUUCAAUUAGCAAAUUCUAUAUUGCAAGAUCCAUGUUACAAGUGGCUAUACAGGAUGAUCUAAAUUUGAUAGAUUGUGUGGCGCAACUCUUCCGAUCUCAGCAGUCGCAAGCUGCAACACCGAGCGCUGCACAGCUUCAGCUGUUGCAGCAACAACAACAGCAGUAUUUGGCGCAACAACAACAAGCUGCAGCAGCAUUCCCACAACCCCCCUACCUCGUCAAUCCCCAGCAGGAGCCUUACUUGAUAACGGCUGGGGUGCCGGCGCAGUACUAUGGGGUGGGACCAUGGGUAUAUCCCGCUCCCCCGGCGAAUCUCAUCCAGCAGGGUGCCAGCAAUGGAGCUAGACGACCGCUUACCCCCAACGGGACGACUGAGGCACAGCAACAAGUGCAGCCGCAAGUACCAGGAGGCUACAUCGUUCCUUACUACGACCAGAACGCGACUCCCAUCCUGAUGGCACAGAACGCCGCUGCCAUGCGCAACGGUACGCCAAUGCGUUUGGUGUCUCCCGCGCCCGUACUGGUGCAACCGCAAGCUGCCGCAGCGGCAGCCACGAGGCAAACUCAAGCCGCCGCGGCCGCGCACGCCGCAGCUGCCUCUUUGUAUUCCAGCACACAGCAAAGUCUGUACGGUGCCACAAAUGUCAACACUUCUGUCAAUGGGACCACUCUUGGAGUCCAUGAUUCGCACUUUUUUAUUUUAACCGCUGGCAUUGAUUAUACUAACUUGCAAAUCGGUGUGUGUGGGUUAGGUGUGGCCCAAGGUGUGGGUUCUGGCCUGUUUCAAACUUUACACGCUCCUCCGUCUGGUCCAUUCGGUAGCUCAUCAUUGGGAAAUAUCGGCUCAUCUGCAACUACUACAUCUUUGCAUACAGACAAUUUGACUGGCCUGGGCCUAACUACCACCACAACAGCUCGAAGAGACUCCUUCGAUCGUAAUACAUCAGCAUUUUCUCCAUCUCUGGAAUACAGACAGAAGUGGCCCACGUCGUAUAACAUCGGAAGCAGUCCUAGUCCAUUGACAGGAAGCCUAACACCGCCUCCAACCGCUCCUCUACAACUGGGAGGUCUUGUCAAUUCUCGGGUACUAUCUGCAGCGCCUGGAGCCGAAGCCAAAUACAGAAACUCUGUCGCUGCUGGAUUGAACACCACAGCGAUUUUUGGGUCUACUAAUAGUUUGUUUACGAAGAUCAAUUCCACAUUAACUACAGUUCCAGCGACGCUAGAUAAGGGGCCGCAAGGGAGGUCAAGAUUGCUGGAGGAUUUCAGAAAUAACAGAUAUCCAAAUCUUCAGCUGAGGGAUUUGGCUAACCACAUUGUAGAGUUUUCGCAAGAUCAACAUGGCUCUCGGUUUAUCCAACAAAAAUUAGAACGAGCCACUACGACAGAGAAACAGAUGGUCUUUAACGAGAUCCUCUCCGCUGCUUACAACCUCAUGACGGACGUUUUUGGAAACUACGUUAUACAGAAGUUCUUCGAAUUUGGAACACCAGAACAGAAGACUACACUAGCGCAAAAAGUUCGCGGCCAUGUUUUGCCCUUGGCCUUGCAGAUGUACGGUUGUCGAGUCAUACAGAAGGCACUGGAGUCUAUACCUCCAGAACAACAACAAGAAAUCGUCCGAGAGCUAGAUGGACACGUUUUGAAGUGUGUUAAAGAUCAAAAUGGAAACCACGUUGUGCAGAAGUGUAUUGAAUGUGUUGAUCCUAAUGCUUUACAGUUCAUAAUUUCUUCAUUCUCUGGACAAGUGUACACUUUAUCCACCCACCCGUAUGGCUGUAGAGUAAUCCAGCGCAUUUUGGAGCAUUGUACACCAGAACAGACGGCGCCAAUUUUGGCAGAACUACAUCAACAUACUGAUCAGCUGAUUCAAGAUCAAUUUGGAAAUUACGUCAUUCAGCAUGUGCUAGAGCAUGGAAAACCCGAAGACAAAUCUCAGCUGAUCAACAGCGUUAGAGGCAAAGUGUUGGUACUGAGUCAGCAUAAAUUUGCCAGCAAUGUGGUUGAAAAAUGCGUGACACACGCUACAAGAGCAGAAAGAGCAUUGCUUAUUGAAGAAGUGUGUGGAUUUAAUGACAACGCUCUUCACGUAAUGAUGAAAGAUCAAUACGCCAACUACGUCGUCCAAAAGAUGAUCGACGUCAGCGAACCGACUCAACGCAAGGUGCUGAUGCAUAAGAUUCGUCCGCAUCUCAAUUCUUUGAGAAAGUACACAUACGGCAAACACAUCAUCGCCAAAUUGGAGAAGUACUUCAUGAAAGCACCAGGAUCGCUCAGCUCCAUCGGAGGGGAGCUCGGCCCCAUCGGCCCACCAACCAACGGGGUGCUUUAA